CGUCGUCCCGAAGCUUGAGCGAACUUUACCGGAUCAAACUCAUGCAACACGUUUCUUUCUCUUCUUCUUCGACAUUUAACUCGAGCGAGAAACUGCUGGUUUGUGAAACCAGCGCCCGAAGGAGGUCGAGGAAAAGGAAAACAACUCGUUCACGCCACGUUGAACGAAGUGAUCUGCAGCUGAGAAUCAGUGUUGGUGCGUCACCGGAGAGUCAACUCUCCACCUGGCCCGGAGAUGGGGGAUCCAGAGCCUCCUGAGUUUGGGUCCCUGGAGGAGGAGCUGGAGUACUGGAAGGAACAAGCUGUCAGGCACCAACAGAGUGCGGAAGAAGUUCAAGAGGAGCUGCAGGAGUUUCAGCAGAUGAGUCGUGACUACGAGGGCGAGCUGGAGACGGAGCUGAAGCAGUGCGAGGUGCGAAACCGCGAGCUGCUUGUCGCCAACGACCGCCUUCGUAUGGAACUAGAAAACUACAAGGAGAAGUAUGAGAUGCAUCACUCCGAGGCCUGUCGGCAAAUCUCCAGCCUGGAGGGCGACCUGGCUGAGACCACGGCCGUCAGAGACCAACUUCACAAAUACAUCAGAGAGCUGGAGCAGGCCAACGAUGACCUGGAGAGAACCAAGAGGGCAACCAUCAUGUCACUGGAGGACUUUGAGCAGAGGAUGAACCAAGUGAUAGAGAGAAAUGCUUUCCUCGAGAGUGAGCUGGACGAGAAGGAGAAUCUCCUGGAGUCUUUUCAAAGACUGAAGGACGAAGCCAGAGACCUGAGGCAGGAGCUGGCAGUGCAACAGAAACAGCAGGUACAGGAAAGGAAGCCUUCUCUCACCAGUGUCGUCAAAGAGCCUCCAUCUUCUUCCUCCACCUCCUCCUCGGCCAGGCUGCCCACCCCUCCUCUCACCCCUCCAUAUAAAGGAACUGAGGACAAAACCAUGUCUCUGCCCUCUAACCAGCCCAUCCCCUCCGUCACCACCACGCCGUCCAGACCUCCAGCCCAGUCUGACUACUUCACCACACCUCCGCCCUCCAGCAGCAGAGGUGAAAGCCUUUCAGCGACUCCUCUCACCAGCUCGGCGAGAAUCUCGGCCCUCAACAUCGUCGGGGAACUUCUGAGGAAAGUCGGGAACCUUGAGUCUAAGCUGGCAUCGUGUCGGGAAUACGUCAACGAACAGACAGCUAAUCGCAGAGGUCAAGCCGGAGGACAGGGGGCGCCGACGGGCCAGAACUCCUCAGAAACUCCUACUACCAACGGCCUUUACAACAAGGGGCUGGUGAAGCGGUUAGACUUUGGUGCGGGACACAAAAUGCUGCUGUGAAAGUGAAAACAUCCUCCACCUCCAUCCUCUGAGCUGCUCUCCUCCUCCUCCUCCUGUCCGUCCAGCCCCGAACCCUCAAGCACGUAACGGUACCGUGUCACGCACAUUAUACUGGUGGUUUCUGCUUCAGGACACAGGACGCUCUAACAGGAAGCUUCCGUGAUAAAAUGGAUGGAAACGUGACUGCAGAUACUCUGGGAUGUCUGUCACCAGCUCUUUUCAGCACUCGCACUUAGCUUGAUAUAUCUUUUUGGACUUGUGCUGCAUGUCACCACCUCACCUUCUUUGUUUGGAUUUGCCAAGUAUUUUUUUUUUUUGUGCUUGUUUGUGUGUGUGUGUUUCACUCUUAAGGUGUGUCCAGUGAAUCUUUACAGAGAGAAUUCAACUGUCAGAAUUGAGAGAUGCAUGUUCGCUCUGCGUAGUGAUGGAAGGAGACCAGGAUUCAUCCACUCAAAUUUAUAAUGUUUAUUUUCACAGCACUCUACUGGAGGGUGCAUGUCCAGAAGGAAACGGCAGGAACAAAAUAGAUUUAUCUUCUAUACAUUAUUGCGGCCUUUUGCUGCAAUGUCAUGAAAUAGUCAUUGCUCUCAGUUUUAAUUUGAAAUGACCGAUACAGGAAGUGGAGCAUAGAUAAAUACAGAUGGUCAACAUGGUGGCUCCUAAAAGAGAAGCCAGAGUGUCUUCACCGAUCUCUGGUGGCAAACUGCAGUAUAAGUCAUAAUCCCCACCUCCUUCCAUAUUUGUAGAUGGGACAUGUCCAAAACAAAAGUCAAAGAUGGUUUCUGUUAUAGAAGGUCUAUCACACUGGUGUUUGUUUAAGUGUUCGUGUUUCUGCUAAGUUUGUUUUUAACUAAUUAUUUGAUCCCCCGAUCGUAACUGCAAUGACACUGGUUCCAAAUUAGGUCUUUGGCGCAAGAUGGCGGCGUUCGUAACCAAGAUAUUCUGGCUUGAUUUCUGAACAGUGGGAAAAAGGGGAAGGGUGUCUUCCAUGUUUAUUUAGAGCGAGCGACCAUCGCUGCCACCCCCUCCCAGCAAAAAAAAACAGUUUGAAACAAACUGCUUUAGACCGAACAAGUCAUUACAGUUCAAUAAUGAACUUUCUCACACGCACGUUUGAAUGAAUGUUCAUAUAUCUAGUAACAAAUAACAGCCGUGAUCUCUGUGCUGUUACAUUUGAUGUUUGUUAAACACAAACUUGCACAGUUAAAGUGUUUUUUUUGUCUGAACACACCUUGAGUGUUUGAGAACAAAAUACUGUAAGGGCACUUUUAUCUUCACAAAAACAGAGGGUCUUUUUAAAUACUACUUUUAUAUUUAUACCACACUGUCAACCAAGGGACAAUUUACUUCCAAAGUAAAUGUUGUCAAAUAAUGGGUUUGCAAAAUAGCAAGAUCUGUUUCAACAACCAAGCGCCACUAAUCCAAGUGAGAAUGAAAAAUGAUAAUUGUCCCUUGUUUUACUGUUUUGAUCCAGAAAAUGAUCUGUAUUUUGAUAUUUUACAGAUAAACUAGUUUCCUAACCCUAGACUGCAGAAGAACACAGACUUUGAAUCUGUGUUGUCAGCCAAUCUUCUCUGAAGAGGUGAUUGGAAGUAUGGAUGUACCUCCCACUGCCGUUUUUAUUUGUCACUGUGGAAAGAAUACUUGUAUAAUGCUCAAAGGGAAAUGGACUGAGUUGAGCUAACCUGAUACAAGAAAGUAGCAAACACCACGUGUGAACAUGAUACACUGAGACACCGGUCAAACAUGUUUUCUAACGUGCUGUAUCUCUCUGGGAGCCUUUAUGUUUUUGAAGGAUGUUGCUUCACCCAGUGGCCAUGAGUGGUCCUGCAUCAUAAACCUGCCUUAAUAAAUACAGUUUUCUAACGUUGUAUUAAAUGUGAAAGGAGUUGCUUAUUAUGAUUAUCGUCAGCUCUGUUCUCUGCUCGCUCCAUGGUAACUUCUAGCAUCAUCAUUGUUUUGUUUUGGGGGGGGAAUAUCUCUUCCAUGUUAGAAUAUGAGACAUGGACCAGACUAAAAAGUCAAAGUGCAUGUUUUUUUUAAAUUACCUCAGCAAAGGAGGCAAUGACGUAUGGAUGUAUUUACCUCUGUCUCUUUGAUUGUAAGCAAAACUAGGCAAAACUACUGGACUGGUUACCAUGAAACUUGGUGGAAGGAUGAGGUAUGGGUCAGGGAUGAACCCAUUACAGCUUGGUGUGGAUCUUGAUCAGGGGGUCGAUCCAGACACCUUUUUUUUAUUACUAUCUUUAACAUUUUGAGAUUGAAGAUGUUUUUUUGUUGCCAUUUUCAAUGUUUUCCCAUAGAAUAAAUCAUGGAUCCUCCAGAAAAAAAGUCUGACAUAUUCAUGGCAGGGAUAUCUGAGUGCUUGUGAUUGGUUUCAGUUUGAUGGAAUUUCUGUGACUGUUGGGCCUCAGCACAAGAGCUCUAUUGAAUCACUUUCUAGUUAAUUAUUUGAUGAUAUGAAAACAGGGUGAAAUGUUAUGAUUGACAGCUAAGACUCAUGAUUAUACUGCGGCUCCAGUCUAUGAACAGUAAUGUGCAGACUCUGCCUCCAAAUUAACUGUAAAAGAUGGCGGCUCACGUAUCCAGGAUGGUUCGGCUUCACAUCUGGAUAGUGGGAUGAGGUGGAGAGGUCAUUGAUCCUCUUUGUAUGCAGUCAUCAGUGGAGCCUUAAACUUACAGUAUAAUAUCAGCCCAGAAGAUGAGUACAUGAUGGUUAAAUGGUCAAAUUAGUGAAUCCACUUCUGUCUUUUCAGCAGUGAAAGUGGUGAACUUAUGAACUUCAGUGAAGGCUACUUGUGUUAUAUGUUUAAAAGAGAAAAGUAUGUAAUAGAAUGAAUUGUAGUGUUGUAGACUUUAGCUCUGCUGUAGGGUUACUAAUUGUUGAUCAGUCGCUGACUCACGUAAAGCAGCAGCAGCAGGUUUCAGUGAAGGUCAGAGCUGGAAAACAAGACUUGACGUUUACUUUUGGCUUUUGUCUUGUGACUCUAUCACACCACUUACAUGCUCAGAUAUGAAACAAACUGUUCUGAUAUGUUGUUUUUUCCUUAAG